CCAGCCCCAUGGAGUCGGGUGCUUAUGCCACCUUGGAUGCUGGCAAAGAUAUCGAAGGCUUAUUGGGAGCAGGCGGGUGUCGGAAUCUGGUCUCCCACUCGCCACUGGCGAGUCACCCUUCAGCAUCUGCGCUACUGCCCACCCCCAACUACACCUCCAUAGAUCUCCCUGGCUCCGGGGAGCCACCAAAGCAGUGUCAUCCGUGCCCUGGAAUGCCUCAGGGAGGCUCCCCAACAUCCGUUCCUUAUGGAUACUUUGGUGGAGGCUACUAUUCCUGUCGAGUGUCCCGGAGUUCGCUGAAACCGUGCACGCAGGCAGCUACUCUGGCUGCCUAUCCCACGGAGACCACUGCCGCAGGAGAGGAGUAUUCUAGCCGUCCUGCAGAGUUUGCCUUUUAUCCUGGAUACCCAGGACCCUAUCAGCCUGUGGCUAGUUACCUGGAUGUGUCGGUAGUGCAAACUCUUGGAGGCCCUGGGGAACCGCGCCACGACACCCUGUUGCCAGUGGACAGUUACCAGCCCUGGGCCCUCGCCAGCGGUUGGAGUGGCCAGAUGUGUUGCCAAGGGGAACAGAACCAGCCGGGUCAUUUCUGGAAGGCUGCAUUUGCAGACGCUUCGGCCCAGCACCCGCCGGACGGAUGUUCCUACCGCCGGGGCCGCAAGAAGCGGAUCCCAUACAGCAAGGGUCAGCUGCGGGAGUUGGAGCGGGAGUAUGCCGCCAACAAAUUCGUCACCAAGGACAAGAGGCGCAAGAUCUCCGCGGCUACCAGCCUUUCGGAGCGACAGAUCACCAUUUGGUUCCAGAACCGCCGGGUCAAGGAGAAGAAGGUCUUAGCUAAGAUCAAGACCAGCGCCACUCCUUGAUAGCGAUCUCCUAGAGGAAAGGGAAACCAUUUCUGGGGGAUCAGGACCCAGCUAGGGGCUGGGGCGGGUCUGGACCAGUAGGGGGGCUUGAAGCCCUAACUAGGCCAUGGACUCUGCCAAAGAGGUUUCCCUUGGAAUCAGCCCUGCUUCCCAGAAGUGGAGGGACCUUUAAACGAAUAGGACAGCUGUGAUAUGUCCCUACAUAAGGGGAGAGAGAGAGACAGAGAGAG